AGGCAACCAAAUGAAACUGAAGCUGGUCAAUAUUCAAAAAGCUAAAAUCUCGACAGCUGCAUUCAUAAAAGCCUUCUGCCAUCACAAAGUCAUUGGGCUGGAUGCUACUGCAGUGCACACGGACCUCCCCGUUCCAGACAUCCUCAGGGGACUCUGCAGCAAUGGCUGGAUCCAGCAGAACCUGCGGUGUCUCCUGUUGGACGCGACAAGCAUCCCUCAGGACUCAAGAUUACUGUUCUUUGGUCAGCUCAACGGUCUUCGCAUUUUAAGUGUUUUCAAUGUUUGUUUUCAUAGUGAAGACCUGGCUAAUGUUACUCAGUUACCAAAACUGGAAAGCUUGGAUAUCUCCAAUACUAUGGUCACUAACAUCUCUGCACUCCUUACCUGUAAGGAUCGACUCAAAUCUCUCACGAUGCACUAUAUGAAGUGUCUGACCAUGACCAAACCACAGAUUCUCGCCGUUAUUAGAGAACUUAAAUGUCUGCUUCACCUUGAUAUUUCUCAUCACAGGCAACUCAAAUCAGAUCUGGCUUUUCAUUUGCUGCAGCAAAAGGAUAUUCUGCCUAAUGUUAUGUCACUAGAUAUAUCGGGGGGCAGUUGCAUCACCGAUGGAGCUGUAGAACUGUUUAUACGGCAGCGGCCUGCGAUGCAGUUUGUGGGAUUGUUGGCUACGGAUGCUGGUUAUUCUGACUUCUUUACUGCAAAGCAAGGCUUGAGGGUUGCUGGAGAAGCCAAUAUGAGUCAGAUUUCAGAAGCACUGAGUCGAUACAGGAAUAGGUCAUGUUUUAUGAAGGAAGCCCUGUACAGGCUAUUCACAGAGACGUUUUCAAUGCAGGUAACCAUGCCUGCUAUUUUAAAGCUCGUGGCUGUAGGAAUGAGGAAUCACCCGUUGGAUUUGCCAGUGCAGGUCACAGCCAGUGCUUGCGUCCUCAACCUAACACGCCAGGGCCUGGCCAGGGGGAUGCCUGUUCGUCUGUUGUCAGAGGUCACCGGUCUGCUUUUCAAGGCUCUGAAAAUUUUCCCCCAUAACCAGCAGUUACAGAAGAAUUGUCUUCUCUCCUUAACCAAUUCCAGGAUUCUUAUGGAUGUUCCAUUUGACAGGUUUGAUGCUGCCAAGUUUGUUAUGAGAUGGCUGUGUGAGCAUGAGAACCCCAGGAUGCAAAAAAUGGCCGUGAGCAUCAUCUCUAUUCUAGCCCUGCAGCUUUCAUCUGAGCAUUAUGCACAGCUUAAGGACGAGCUCUUCAUGGCAGUUAAAGAACUUCUAGCAAUAGUAAAACAAAAGACUACUGAAAAUUUAGAUGACGUCACCCUCUUGUUUACUUUGAAAGCACUUUGGAAUCUUACAGAUGAGUCUCCAGCUGCCUGCAAUCACUUUAUAGAAAAUCAAGGAUUGUUGAUCUUCAUCCAAGUCUUGGAGACUUUUUCAGAGUCAGCAAUACAAAGCAAAGUGCUUGGUCUUUGGAAUAACAUAGCUGAAGUUCGAGAACUCUCUUCUAAGCUGGUGACUGAAGAUGUGGUGAAACACACUAGCAGCUUGCUCCAUAGCAAAGAGAUAGAAGUCAGCUAUUUUGCUGCAGGCAUCAUAGCCCACCUGACAUCUGACAAACAGCUCUGGAUGUCCCAUGACCUACAGAGAAGUGCUCUUCUCCGGGACUUGUAUGAAACCAUCCAGAAUUGGCCAAGUUCAAGUUGUAAGAUGACAGCGUUGGUGACCUACAGAUCCUUCAAGGCAUUUUUCCCACUUCUUCGCAACUUCUCUCAACCAGCAGUUCAGCUUUGGGCACUAUGGGCAAUGUAUCAUGUCUGCAGUAAAAACCCCAGCAAAUACUGCAGAAUGUUAGUCGAAGAAGAAGGAUUACAGCUUUUGUGCGACAUCCAGGAACACGGUGAGGCAGAUCCCCAAGCACAGAAGAUUGCAGCCUCCAUUCUGGAUGACUUCAGAAUGCAUUUCAUGAACUAUCAGAGACCCUCUCUGUGUUGAAUGCCUGCUCAGCCCUGGGGUCUGUUCCUUGGUGUCAGCCCUUCUGCCUUGUCACAUGCUGUUCAGUAUUGAAACAAGUUGUCAUUGGAGUUUCUGA